CGAAUCCUUCCCUUCCCCACUCCCCUUUCAUCUUCUCGAAAUCCGCCGCCUUCGAGCGGUUCCAGUGUAUAAGGCCAUCAGCCAGCGCAUACCGCAUAAUCCCAUUGCCCUAUGUCAGACGACGGCCAGCUUUGGACAUUACGUCGUUGUCUUCCAUCGGAAGUAAUCUGAAAUUACAACAACUCUGAAUGUACCGGGAAAAAAGCACUAAAUCAGUAUGACCAGCAAAUGUUCUUUUUGUCCUCGGAUCAACACCCUAAAAUACGGGGUAAUCAUACAAGGUACCGCGCAUAUGUCUAUUACGGGCUAUGGCAGUACAGUAAGACAGAAUGCUUGGCCAUGCCUACUCUCCCAAAAAGAAGAGGAUAAGCAUGAGUCCUUUGUUGGAUACUUACCUUCUUUGGAUACUUAACUUCGUUGGAAGCCGGAUCUUUUGGUUGGCGAACCAACUCCAAGCACUGAAUAGCUGAAGACACAUAGUAGAACGAUCGUCAUUAGGUCAUAGGACAUUCAGCGGUCCCAUUACGUUUCAAUCAUCGGUCCACUCGGUACACCAUUAACGCUCUCGACGAUGCUGAAGCAACUAUCAUUUCAGUCUCCUAGAACAAUAGAGAUUAUUCCAUUAGCGUUAGUCGUAUUGGUUGUUUGGUUGUUCCGUGUGUUUGUGUACAAGCCCUUCACAUCGCCACUAAAGAAUGUGCCAUGCCCACCAGGGGGGACCAGUUCCCAAGGCCAUAUAGCGGAGAUCAUGAACCUACAAGGUACUGAAGUUAAUCAGUGGAUCAAAACCUACGGUUCAACAUUCAUGGUCCGUGGUCCAUUUGGCGUGCACCAUCGUAUCUUCACUGUCGACCCUCGUGCUCUCAGCCAUAUACUCCAGCAUACCAACAUCUAUACCAAGUCUGAUCUGCUUCGAGGCCUUGUCCGACGAUACAUGAAGGAAGGCCUCAUCGUUGCCGAAGGUGAGAGACAUAAAGCGCAGAGGAAGGUGUCGCAGAAGCUGUUUUCCAUGGGGGGACUGAAGUCAAUGGGCCAGGUUGUACAAGAUAAAUCUAAUCAACUACGAGAUAUCCUUCUUAACCUUUGCACCAACCCGACCGCCAGCAACCCUUAUUCUCCAGUUAACCGUACUCUCCCUCCCGGCAGCCGCGAAGUCGACGUCUACUCUACUGCUUCGCGAUGUACUUUCGAUCUCAUUGGGUCCAUUGGCGUUGACCAUCAGUUUGAUUCUAUCGGCGAUUGGGAAGGCUCCGGGGGAAAGCUGUUCCACAAAUAUGAGCGAAUGCAGCUUCUCUGUCCAGGCACGACGGGCUUCCGGAUGCUGCUGAGUUUGGCAUGGCCCUUGAUCGAUAAGAUUUGGCCAAGUGAGAACACUAAAAGAGUGAACGACGCCAUGGGUUCUCUAGAGAAGUUUGCAAAGGAAAAAAUGAUUGAACGCCAGCAAGAACUUUUGACCAUAGACAGCAAGAAAGGCGAUGUUCCCGAUAGGAGAGACUUAUUGACCCUUAUGCUCCGUCACAAUAUGACUCGAAAGAUUAGCCCCGCAGACAAGCUUCGAGACCAUGAAAUUUCCGGUCAGCUGUCUACAUUUAUGUUCGCUGGGUAUGAGACUACUGCUGGCACUAUCUCUUUCGGCCUAUACGACCUCGCCCGUCAUCCAGAUAUCCAAUCUCGCCUUCGCGCAGAGAUCCUCGAGUGCGGUGAUAACCUCCCAUUCAAUCAGAUUGACGAGCUUCCCUAUCUCGAUGCUGUCGUAAAGGAAAUUAUGAGGAUCAAUCCUUCUCUUCCAGGAACUGUCAGGCAGGCUCAGAAGGAUGAUAUUAUUCCUCUGGCGGAGCCGGUCAUUUUGACAAAUGGAAAGGUUGUGACGGAUAUACAUAUCAGAAAAGGACAGCUUGUCCAUGUUCCGAUUGAACAUCUGCAUACUUCCGAACACAUCUGGGGUCCGACCGCCAAAGAAUUUAAUCCCUCCCGUUUCCUUUCAACCACACAACCUUCUGCCUUUAGCGGCCGACCGACCUUGGCUUCCAAUCCUGCUGCGACAUCCUCGGCCAGACGAGAUGCCGUACCAAACUACGUCCCAGAAGGUCCAGGCAUCUGGCCAAAUUUUAUGACUUUCAUCGAUGGCCCGAGGAGAUGCAUAGGAUACAAGCUGGCGGUGAUGGAGAUCAAGACGGUCAUCUUUACUUUACUGCGGGAGUUUGAAAUUGAGUUGAUGGAAGGGCAGCAUAUUUUCAGAUGGAACAUGAUGAGUAACCGACCAUUUGUGGCCAAUACUUUGCGGAGCAAGGGCUCGCGAUUGCCUUUACACUUCAAGUUGUACAAAGGGGAGCAACAACACGAAAAGACUGGAGGUUCGUAAAAGAAGUUAUCUCAAUGUGAAUUAGAUUAGCCUAGAUGUAUGUGAGAAAGUGCAGCAAAUGUUGCGAAGUACAAGGGGGAAGUAUA